AUGAAGGACAUUGGUAGGGGUAAGAACAACGCUUGGAUUUUUGUUCCCGUUGACAGGAUAGGAGUCAUCGGUAUUUCCAUGCCUUAUUAUAGGCCAGUUAACAAAUUAUUUGGUCUUCUUUUAUUUUCUUUCAGAGAUCUGAAGAUGGAGAAUAUCAUGAUGGACAAGAAACGAGAUAAUGUGAAAUUAAUAGAUUUUGGUCUUAGCAAUCAGUGCGGACCCGAUGAACUCUUCAAGACGCAUUGUGGGUCGCCCGAGUAUGCCGCCCCUGAGCUUUAUAUUGCUGGUAGAGACUACGGUCCUGAAGUCGAUAUAUGGAGCUUAGGUGUGAACAUGUUUGCCAUGGUAACGGGUAAACUUCCCUUCACCACGCCCCAUUCUGAGAAUAGAAGACAAUAUCUACUCCUUCAGAUCAGGAAAGGUUUGAAAGGAGUUCAUGAUAAAGAGAUGGCCCACCUUACUGACGAUUGCAAAGAUAUGCUGCAUGGGUGCAUUGAGCCGGUCCCUGAAGAUCGACUUCCAAUUCUAGAUAUAGAAAACCACGCCUGGAUCACGUGUGAAGGCCAAGAACCGUUCUGUCCGUUCCAGGCCCCAGCCCAGGACCUGAAGUUGAGGGCAGAGGUGAUUGAGGAGAUGGCUAUACGUCUCAAAGUCAAACCGGAAAAGAUCCAGGAUGUCGUCCAAGAGAACAAACUAGACGAUGUGAGUGCCAUCUUUAAUAUCCUCCUAGAGGAACAUUUGAUCAAGCAAGGUUUGUGGAGUGACGAUCAUACCAGACCUCCAACGCCAUCUGAGAGUGUGCAGACGAGAACAGGUAGACGAGAGAGUAGUCACGCCUCCAGUACCAGACCCGGUAGCGCUUACACAGAUUCUAUUGAAGGUGUAAGAACGCCCUCUGUCGUCACUAUGGUGCGUCCUAGCUUAAAAUCACCUGAAAGGAAAAAUAAGAAGGUAGUAGAUUUUGAACUGGACGUUGUUGAACAGGAGCCAACAUCUUGGGCAGAAAGAACUGGAUUGCUACGUGACUUACCACCACUAUGGGCGAAGAAAACCCGCCCACUUGGAAAUGCCACGACUGCAAACCGCGUCAAGGCAAGGACCUCCUACCGUGCAAAUACUCCUGGAACGGACCUGCCGACCUCAGACCAAGAACACACCUACGCACACACUGAUCUUCUACACGCAUCAACCAUCCAUAUCCUUGUACCAACCCCGUCUUUCGAGAGUCAGUCUACAAGCCAAGUGGACAUGGACGACAACAACCAGUCUAAAGACCUAAGGGCAAGGUCGCCGACGAAGGCACCGACGAAGGGUUCUGUGAGAAAUGGGGGAAAACCACGAGAUGGAGCUGGAAAGAUGCAGAAGACGUUUAAACAAAUUACCAAUGUCCGUGUUUCGUUCUUUGGAUCGACUCUAGAGAAGGAUGAUGUCUUGCAGAAAGAGCAAAAGCAAUCACUGAAAGAGAAGAGGAAUCCUUGUUUAGAUGGAGAGACUACUGCUGGUGCACGGGAGGUGAACGUUGUCGAUAUGUCAAAUAAUUUCACUGGAAAGAAUCACAACUACCAUGGGUACCACGUCGAGGAGACGCCAAUAACUACAGAUGAUGAAGCUUCAGAGACACGCACGAAAUCAGCCGAUCCGGGUAAAGACAAAGCAAAGGAUGUUCGGCUUUGUGUUGCCCAUCGGGAAUUCUUACAAGAGGGUCAAUUACCACCAAAUGGCAGACCCGCGGCCACGCCCUACAGCAUGCCAAGAUCACGUGACGCCGAUAACGAACUCGUGCUUAGUACAAAACUGUAUCCGCCUGCGCAAGAAUCUCACGAACGUACAGCUAAUAGUGAGGAUGUGACUUCCCCGACGCCGCUGUCGUCGAAGAAAGAUUCAUGUAGAUAUAUCUCAAGUUCCAAAAAGAAGGAGAGGUCUACAGGGGAUUCAUCAAGCGCUGGAUCAUCUUUACAUGUCCUUUCUCCACGCUCUCUUCUCCAUCCUUCGAUCGCUUCAAUACAUGGCAAGAAAGAAACAGCCGCAAUUCUGAGUAAUUUCUUACGAUGCUCUGAAGACAACGGGGGUCCUUACAUGAGAGUGUCGACGAAUGGCUCUCCUUUGAAAGCAAAUAUCCAAGGAAAGAAGAAGAAAGGAAAAAAGGACACGACAGCUGUGAGUUGUAAGUCACCAGAGCAACAGGUCUGUAGGAGGACUACGGUUCAACUGACUGAUCGAGAAGUCAGAGGACAGAAGUUCAAAAUGUAUGAUGAGGUCCCCCAAAAGGCUCUUCAAAAACGACCCAUCAGACGAACUCCUGAUAAUUCUCCCCGACAUAGCGCCAAUAUUCAGUACCGUGGUUACCGCUCAGCUCGAGUUAGUGCCCACGUCCUCCCAGCAGAAGGUGCACCAUCAAAAUUCAUCCAAAAAUUCGGCGCCAAUCGGAUGAUGCAGGGCGGCAAGGACGGCCAUCGGUAUUGCCGGGUUCCAAAGUUUGGUUUGCAUGACAACGGCAGCUUCACAGAAGAGCAUUCAGGAUGAUUCUGGUGGAGACAUCGUCAAGUCCGUUCAGCGUCAUUUCAAUCAACGUCGCAAAGCCCAGAGACGGUCACCUGCCUAUGAGAUGUAUACACGAUUCAUCCCGAUACAGAUAUGCACAGAGACCGGCAAAGAAAAGGGUAUGAUCCGUCCAAACAGUAGCCCAGUUCCCCGGCUGAACUCUCCCAAGGAGACCGUCUUCAAUAUCAUGGAGACUCUGCCCUCCCAUCCAUUCCCUACUCCACCCCCGCCAUCCUCCAUUUCGGCUCCUCCUCCUCCCGUCGACCAGCCAGAUUCUCCAUUAAGAGCUGGAAGGGUUACCAUGCCAACGGGUAUCUCGAAGCGGAACGCAAUGAGUGCCACGGAUGCGAGCGACGCAACACCAGGGAAUGUUGAGGAAUGGGACGCAACGUACCGGCUGGAGAGGAAAAUAAGUGAUACGGUGAAGGGAGCCACUUACGUUCGGAAUAUAAGAAACCAGCAACGAACGCAAGCAUGGGUUGCUGAUUUGGCAUCAGAAUUCAGUCCACGCAUGGUCGCACAGCAAUGAAUAUUUUAUCGGGUUUUUUUUUCCGUACCCCAAAAUGUGAUUUUGCAGACUUUGAAUCAUUGGAAAAUCAUGUCGUGUUCUAUACUGGAACUGUUACCUUUACAGUUAGGGGAUAUAUUGAAAAGCAUUAUGGUUGCCGUCUCAUUUCUCUGUCUUUCCUUCAUUCUUUCUUUCCUUCCUUUUUUUUUCUUUCUUUCUUUCUUUCUUUCUUACUUUCUUUCAUUCUUUCUUUCUUUCUUUUUUUCUUUCCUUCCUUCGUUCUUCUUUCCUUUCGUUCUUUCUCUCGUUCGUUCUUUCUUUCUUUCUAUCUUUGCUUCUAUGUCCUCUCUCUUUUCCUGGAGCCAUUUUGAUAGAAUUAUGAGACAAAACAAUUACAGGAGAAACGAAGGAAACAAGAUGAGACUAGUCAUGGGUGGAUUAUGAUGGCACUUUUAUAUGAAGUUAGCUCUCGGAGAUAAAUUGAAAGUGAGUGAUUUUCUCGUAGCAAGAUCAAGACCAUAAGAGAACAGCAAGAGAGUUUGCAACCCAAGUUAUCUUAUGUUUUCUUCUUGAACAUUCAUGGAAAAUUGGAGUUGUAGAACGGGCGUGGAUUUAAUGUAAUCAUGUUGAAACCAUGUAAAGGAUCACUGAGAAAUCAGGUAAAGAAAGAUAGCACAUCAUCCAUCUGACCAUGUCGGUGAGCAAAGAGAAAAAAACUCAUCCGGUUAAAGGAGUAUUCUUCAAGUUUUUGACCAUGUUGAUGUAUGGCUUCUGGGGAAUGUGUCAUGAAGAUUGUCAGGGACUUUCACCGACAGAUGUUACAAGCUACUAGAAAUCCAUGUAGCUGAUUGGCUAAUAGCAACUUUGCCAGUGAAAAUCACUGACAGAAAUCUUCAUGAAAUAUGCCCCCGUUGUUGAUCAUGUUGUAAGUAAUUAUUCUUGUUUUGAAGAAUGGCUUCAAAAAUUGGUAAAAAAAGGAAAAAUAUAAUCUGGGCGUGCCUGAAUUUGUCAUUGUAGGCCUGUUAAUGCCUAAAACCAAAUCAUGCAAUUAGUACUCUGUAAACACCACUGAAAUAAACAACACGUACAUUGAUAUGAAGUACGACAUGAGAAAACUAC